CGCACAAAAGCAUCAUCCCGUUUUAUAACAAACACACUCUCUUUUUCUCUCCCUCUCUCUUUAGCAUCCUCCCAUAUACUUGAAAAGCUACCUCUCUUUCACGGUGCCAAGAAAAAAGGGGCCAGGAAGAAACACCAUGCCUGAGGCUCCAAACUGCUCAUUAAAACCCACAAACUACAAUAUUGUAGAGAAAAACAAGAAGACUCUUCAGUUCAUUGAAGAUGUCACGGCCAACGCUGAUGAAGUUCAGAAGCGUAUUCUUUCCGAAAUCCUCUCUCGCAAUGCUAACGUAGAGUACUUGCAAAGGCACGGCCUCAAAGGUCACACUGACCGGGAUACCUUCAAGAAAGUCAUGCCUGUGAUCACCUACGAGGAUAUCCAGUCAGAUAUCACUCGUAUUGCCAAUGGUGACACUUCCCCAAUCCUCUGCUCGAGGCCCAUUUCGGAGUUCUUGACGAGCUCUGGGACAUCCGGUGGAGAGAGAAAAUUGAUGCCCACCAUAGAAGAAGAACUAGGAAGGAGGUCACAGCUAUAUAGCCUCUUGAUGCCUGUGAUGAGCCAAUUUGUUGCUGGCCUAGAGAAAGGCAAAGGAAUGUACUUUUUGUUCAUAAAAUCUGAGGCCAAGACACCUGGAGGUCUUUUGGCUCGCCCUGUUCUAACUAGCUAUUACAAAAGCUCCCACUUCAAAGAAAGGCAAUAUGACCCUUACACGAACUACACCAGCCCAAACGAAACCAUCCUCUGCCCUGACUCCUACCAAAGCAUGUAUACACAACUACUUUGUGGCCUCUGCCAUAACAAGGAAGUUAUAAGGGUUGGAGCUGUUUUUGCCUCUGGUUUCAUCCGCGCCAUCCGUUUCCUCGAGAAGCAUUGGGCCUCUCUUUGCAACGAUAUCAGAACCGGAAACAUCAAUCCCCAAAUCACUGACCCUUCUGUCCGAGAGGCUGUCAUGAAGAUCCUCAAACCUGAUCCCAAGCUUGCAGAUUUCAUUGAAGUCGAGUGCAGCAAAGAUUCUUGGCAAGGAAUCAUAACCAGGUUGUGGCCCAACACCAAGUAUGUGGACGUUAUUGUGACUGGGACCAUGUCACAGUACAUUCCGACUCUUGAUCACUAUAGCAAUGGCCUCCCACUUGUGUGCACCAUGUAUGCAUCCUCUGAAUGCUACUUCGGUGUCAACCUUAACCCUCUUUGCAAGCCUAGUGAAGUUUCCUACACCCUCAUUCCCACCAUGUGCUAUUUCGAAUUCCUGCCCGUUCACAGAAAUAAUGGGGUCACUUACUCUCCCUCCGUCCCUAAAUCCCUCAGUGAAAAAGAACAGAAAGAGUUGGUGGAUCUAGUUGAUGUCAAGCUUGGGCAAGAAUAUGAGCUUGUUGUUACCACUUAUUCUGGACUUUAUCGCUAUAGGGUUGGAGAUGUGCUCCGAGUGGCUGGAUUCAAGAACAAGGCCCCUCAGUUCAACUUCAUAUGCCGGAAAAAUGUGGUCCUCAGCAUUGAUUCUGACAAGACUGAUGAAGUUGAGCUGCAAAAUGCAGUAAAGAAUGCGGUGAACCAUUUGAUGCAAUUUAAUGCAACUCUGGCUGAAUACACUAGCCAUGCGGAAACCUCAACAAUCCCAGGCCACUAUGUGCUAUUCUGGGAGCUUAGCCUCAAUGGGUCAACCCCAAUUCCACCCUCAGUGUUUGAGGACUGCUGCUUGACCAUUGAAGAGUCCCUCAACAGCGUGUACCGCCAGGGACGUGUCUCCGACAAGUCAAUUGGCCCCCUAGAGAUUAAGAUUGUUGAGCCCGGGACCUUCGAUAAGCUCAUGGAUUAUGCCAUUAGCUUAGGGGCGUCCAUAAACCAGUACAAGACCCCGAGGUGUGUGAAAUUUGCACCCAUUGUUGAGCUCUUGAACUCUCGGGUUCUGUCAAACUACUUCAGUCCCAAAUGUCCCAAGUGGGUUCCGGGCCACAGGCAAUGGAACAAUCAGGAUUGAAGGAAACUAAAGAUCAGGGACUGCGGAACAAGUACCAGUCAGUCUUGGUAGCUUUCAUGGAGGUUCACAAGAACUGUUUUUGUGAUCAUCUUAGGAAAAAAGUUAAUUAUCCAUUUUAGGUUAACCCAUCUCUUGAAUGUUUCACUUUUCAAUUUUUUUUUUCCCGAAUAUUUUAGUCGCUGUCUAAUAUGCAUAGACUUUGAAUUAGCCCAUGUACAAAAACGGUUCCUGUUUCAAGGAAAGCUCUCUCUUA